UCACACAUGGGCAGGGAUUCGCACCGCCGCAUUGUUAGGGGUAAGAGAGGCGAGUUAGCCUGUUAGCACCUAGCUGCAUCCUAUGUACUAGCAUUAAACUAAAAUAGACGAAUGAUUAUUUUAAAGAGCGGUUUGAUGCGACUGAGUUCCCCGGACAUUGCACUGUAUCAUUCGGAUACAAUUAGACACUCGAGCGGAAGCAUUUGGAUGCUAACCUAGUUAGCCAGGACUGUGUGGAAUUAGCUGCUGCUACCCUUGCAGGCCCUGCACAUUGCAGCUAGCAGCUAGCUUGGCUUCGCUUUAAUUUGCAGGCUUGGUGUUAAAAAUGAAGAAGAAAGGGAGACAUCAUCGUGUGGCCACACCACAAAGGCCCUCGUCACCCAUCAAACCUUCAAGAAACCGUGAAACUCUGACCUACGCUGAAGCCCAGAGGAUGGUCGAGUUGGAAAUAGAUGGACGUGUUCAUCGACUCAGCAUCUAUGACAAGCUCGAUGUAAUCAACAGUGAUGAUCCUUUGGCUCAGGAGAUCAGUGAAUGCAACAGUAACAAGGAAAAUGCAGAGGAACCCCAACAGGUUUUGGUGCGUUCUGUGCGUCUCAAAAACAAUCAGCAGAAGAAGAGUGCUGCUCUGAGUUCAGGGCAGGGCGCUCCGGCUCAGGGCAGGCUACCGGAGCCAAAAAUUCGAAUGAUUGAAUAUAAUCUUCCAGCUGUGCCACGAAGGCCGUCUACUUAUUAUUCUCAUGUGGAGAAGACCUCAGAUGAGCUGGAUGAGGAGGUGGAAUAUGAUAUGGAUGAAGAAGAUUAUGCAUGGUUGGAGCUGGUCAAUGAGAAAAGAAAGAGUGAGGGUUUCAGUCAGGUUUCCCAGAACGUUUUUGAGUUCCUAAUGGACCGCUUUGAGAAAGAGUCCUUUGUGGAGAACCAGGGUCAGGGAGAUCCGCAGUCUCUCAUUGAUGAGGAUGCAGUUUGUUGCAUCUGCAUGGACGGCGAGUGCCAGAACAGUAAUGCUAUUCUGUUUUGUGACAUGUGCAACCUAGCAGUUCAUCAGGAAUGUUAUGGAGUGCCCCACAUUCCAGAGGGCCAGUGGUUGUGCCGGCACUGUUCUCAGUCUCCCUCCCAACCUGCAGAGUGUAUUUUUUGUCCCAAUAAAGGUGGAGCACUUAAGAGGACAGAUGACGAUCGUUGGGGCCAUGUGGUCUGUGCUAUAUGGGUUCCAGAGGUUGGUUUUACUAAUACUGUUUUCAUUGAGCCUAUAGAUGGGGUAGCUAAUAUUCCACCAGCUCGUUGGAAACUGACCUGCUACCUCUGUAAGGAGAGAGGAGUUGGAGCCUGCAUUCAGUGCAGUAAGGCCAAUUGUUACACCGCCUUUCAUGUGAGCUGUGCUCAGAAAUUUGGCUUGUACAUGAAGAUGGAGCCGAUCAAAGAAGUGACUGAUACAGGAUCCACCACGUUUUCAGUGAAGAAGACCGCCUAUUGUUGUUCUCAUACUCCUAGUGGAUGUACCAGGAGACCUCUUAGCAUUUAUGAUGACUCUCAACCCAAAAAUAGUCUUUGUCAAAAGGGCAAACAUAAAAGUCGGAGAGCAAAAUUUACAGGAUGCCACAAGAAGAAAUAUAAGAAAGUAGAUGCACAGUCAGUUCCAGCGGUUCCAGCUGUGUCAGUACCCAAUAUAACACCUAAAAGCUUUAACACUAUCCUCAACCAAGUUUCUCUUCAGAAGAAAAGACAGUUUGUGGAGCGAGUUCUCAGUUACUGGAUGCUGAAGAGGCAAUCAAGAAAUGGUGUGCCUCUUAUCCGACGCUUGCAAACUACCACACUGACUCAAAAAGUACCUCAGUUGGAACAAAGAGAAGAGGACUGUCUGGCAUUAAAGGAGCAGCUGAAGGAUUUGCAUCGUUUACGCCAUGACUUGGAGAGGACGCGUUUGCUACUGGAACUCAUUCGAAAGAGAGAGAAGCUCAAGAGGGAGCAGAUGAAGCUUCAGCAGUCAGUCCUAGAGAUGCAGCUCACUCCGUUUACCAUCAUGCUGCGAGCUGUGUUGAAUCAGCUGCAGGAGAAAGAUCAGACACGGAUCUUUGCCCAGCCUGUCAGCAUCAAGGAGGUUCCAGACUACCUUGAGCACAUUAAGCAUCCAAUGGACUUCUCUACGAUGAGGAAACGCAUUGAUGCACAUCAGUAUAAGAGCUUGGAGGAGUUUGAGGACGAUUUCAAUCUCAUCAUCCAUAACUGCAUGACAUACAAUAGCAAGGAGACCUCCUUCUACCGCUCUGCUGUGCGUCUGAGAGACCAUGGAGGAGCUAUUCUCAGGAAGACUCGAAGAGAUAUGGAGAGAAUAGGUUUCGACUCCACCAGUGGGAUGCAUCUACCCGAGCCACCUAAAGUAGAACCUCAUCUACUGCUCACAUGGGAAGAGGUGGACCGGAUGCUAAAUCCUGCUAAUCGAUUGCACAUGUCUUUGGAAGUGCAGCUCAGUUCACUGCUAGAGAUGCUUGAUUUAACAAGUGCUAUGAAAUCCAGCCCAUCACGGAGCAAGCGCCUCAAGUUGCUCAAAAAAUCCAUCAAUGAUGUGCGGCUUGAAAUGAACCAGAAAUCUACGUGUCCUCCCUCCGAACAGAGGCAGUCCCAAGAGACCCCACCAGUCCCUGUUCCAGAGUGUUGGGAAGAAGACAAAACAUUACCUCCUAAACUAGAGCCAACAGCUUCUGCUCCACUUGUCACAAAUCCAGCAAAUCUCUCUGAGCCUCCUGCACUGAAACCUGUGGACCUCAGCCCUGAGAAAUGCCACAGAAAGAUUGCACUUGAUGGCAAGAUGCUCUCUACCUCACUAUUAAAUGGACUUUCCUCUGAUCUACAACCUUCUGAAAACAACGUUAUGGUAGCUACUUCUACUCUCACAGAACCAGCAGGCACAAUUAACAGAAGGACUGCGGUGCUCUUCAGGAAGUCUAAGAGUGUGAGCCCACAGAAACCAGUAAAGCUGGGAGACACUUCAGUGGAUUGCCCUCAGCUUGGCACCAAAACAUUCCUGUCAGUUGUAAUUCCACGCCUUGAGACGCUGCUUCACAGGAAGAGAGCUCACAGUGGGGACAGCCAGGAGGAAGAGGAAUGCCCGGUCAAACGCUUUGAUGCAGGUUUUUCUGAUGGCUGUAUAAUACUGGAGCAGCAGAAACAGUUGAACAGCAGAGUCUUAGAACCUCGGCGUCGUUGUGCCUCUGAAUCCAGUAUCUCUUCAAGUGGCAGCACCAGUCUGCUGGACAACACAAGUACUGUCAGUCAGCCAAAGGGCGGCAAAGGGAAGCAAGCGAUGGCACGGCGAAACACAACGGAUGAUCGAAAUGAACUGAUCGCGUGCAUAGAAACGGGGAACCUUUCCAAAGCAAGCAAGCUGGCAUCUGAGCUUGACAACAGCAAUAUAUGGAUCCCCCCUAAUACUACCACACUAACUCUGGAACCCUUUAAACUAGUCUGGGCAAAACUUAGUGGAUAUCCCUCCUACCCUGCCUUGAUCAUAGACCCACAGAUUCCCCGAGUGGGCUUUCAUCGCAACGGCGUGUUCAUACCCACCCCUCCACGGGACGUGCUCCGAGUCGGCGAGCUGAUGCAGUACAGGUCAGAGGAGAAACUCUUCCUCGUCCGCUUCUUCGACAACAAGCACAACUGGCAAUGGCUUCCUAAGAGCAAAAUGGUACCUUUGGGGGUUGACAAGACAUUAGAUAAAAUCAAAAUGUUGGAGGCUCGUACCUCAAGCACACGGAAAGCCGUGCAAUGCGCCUUCACCCGUGCCAUGAAACACUUGAGCUUAUUCCAGGACUUCAGCGAUGGUGACUGAACUACAUUCAAUGGCCACUUCAGGGUUUGUAAUCCCACUUGCCCACUGUCACACCUACAUAUUUGGCUGGCCGUGUUUACGGGGAGCCGAAUUGGGCUCCUUCUCUCUGGCCUUCCAUCAUGAUGACUGUGAGAGGAUCUUCACUCACGUGCUGUAGCACUGCUGUGAAUAUUUACUGCCAUCACCAUCCUUCAGAAAAGCCACGUAACCAACCUUGCCUGUAAAUACAAGAGCGCUGUAAGUUAUCCAACACUAAUUUAUUAUGCUUCAGUUGGUACCGCACAUUACCUCGUGGAACAUUUCUACUCCAAGGUGAACAGAGCACUGAGGUGCAGACCUUGUUGGUGCUAUAUUGCAAGCAAAGCCUCAAGUUUUUCCUCCUCUGUAAAGACAUGAACGGGGCUUUUGCACUUACUGUAUCAAACAAAAUUCCUUUUUAGCAGUUAAGUUAUUGUAAGUUUCCAAUGCAAGCUUCUCCUACGUGGCAUUAAUGUUAUCCACUUUUUUAUAUAAUGAAUGAAAAAAAGUUUUUUUUCCUACAACUACUUGCUGUUUGUACAUAUUUAUAUAAAACUAUAAAAUUCUAUACUGUAUGUAAUAUACAGAGUCAUUUUUGGACAAAGUAAAAAGUAGCGAUGAAAAACCAGACGUGCAUCACUCACAAAACCAAAAAAUGCUGCCCAGUUUUCUUACUUUUUUUUAAUUUGCAUGAGUGGUUGUAAAGUCUGUGUGUCUGUGUGUGUGUCUGCGUGUGUGUGUGUGUCUGCGUGUGUGUGUGUGUCUGCGUGUGUGUGUGUGUGUCUGCGUGUGUGUGUGUGUCUGCGUGUGUGUGUG